CAGGUGGCUCCAGUUUGAAACAUAAAAUGCUAAUCGCCGACCACAGUUGUUGUGAUUAAAAUGUUUUAUAGUAAAUAAGACUGGUUGUAAUACUUUGAUAGUAACAUUACUUCCAAAACCUGUCUACAGUCGCUUCAAGGAACCGAGUGUUUGUCUUUUUUUCGGAUAAAACUGACCUCUCUGUGAUGCUAGCUCAGUUAGCUUCUUGACCAACAACAUGGCAGAAGUUCUUCCUCCUGGAUCAGUCGUAGUAGCUGACUGGCAUCGAUGUAAGGACAGCAAAGAAUAUUUCAGCAAGAUCCUACACAAGAAAAAACGCAAAAUUUUUGGCUUGUUGGAGUCUCCAGUGAUGCCUCCAAAUGUGGCUGUGGACACAGUUCAUUAUAAGAUCUUCAUCUCUGGCAAGAGUGGAGUUGGGAAAACUGCUCUUGCUGCACGUCUUGCAGGCCUUAAUAUUCCUAAUGUGCACUAUGAAACAACAGGUAUUGAGACGACAGUGGUGUAUUGGCCAGUGAAGUUAAGAGAAAGUGGCAGAGUGCUUUUCUUCCGUCUACAGCUGUGGGACUGUGGAGAGAACGCCUUGCGUAGAUUUGACCAUUUGCUUCCAUCUUGUAAGGAACAGGUGGACGCCGUCCUUUUCCUGUUCUCCUUCACUGACAGGACAUCCUUUGAUGAUCUGUCAAAUCAAAUUGCUAAGUGGACUGGGCCGCCUGUGGGUCGAGUUGUGAAACUUGUGGUUGGCACCAAAUUUGAUCUCUUCAUGCACUGUGAUGUGUCAGAGAGAGACCUGAGGGAAUUCCAGGAGACAUGGAGUUUACCGCUGCUACGUAUGGGCGGGGAGGUCAGUGAUGGGCUGGGUGACGUAGCCCCCCUCCUCAACUGCCUAGCAGAGCAGCUGUGGCAUCAGGACUGUGUUAAAGCUAGAUCAGCCAGCCACCAUUCACAGCAGGAGACAGUGACUCUACUUUAAUAGUGAACAUGAUUUCAAGGAUAGUUGAGGUGAACUGGACUCCAGGUAAGGCUAAUCCAGGGAUGAGAGCCUCAGAUCCUUCAGGAUGAGAUGGAGGAGGCUGUUGUUGAGUUCAACUUUUCUUUUUAAUGCAAUUUAAAAAAAAAAGCUUCCAGCUGUUUAUUCUGAAAUGUAAUAAACUCUCCAGGGUGAUGCAUCAACAUCACAAUUUAUGGCCAGAUAUUGCCUGGGAUUGUGGUUAUAUUAAUGUGAUAAAGUAAUGGGAUGCCAUUACUGUCUGUUCUGAAAGAUCAUAGGAUAAAGUAUCUAUUAGGAUGGUUUUCUUGGAUGACAUGAACAGUAAGUGCCUUGUUUUUCUGGUCAUUAUGACCAAAAAAGAGGUCGUAAUGACCAGGCACAUGAUUGUUUUGUCUGAUCACCUGGAAGAACUAGCACUCAGUCCAAAAAAAAAAAAAAAAAGAAAAAAAAAAAAAAAAAAAAAGGACAGAACCUGUUUUGAUCUUUUAUUUUUCAUUAAUUAAAAAUUUGCACAAUGCUUAAAAGAGGCCAGUAUU